AUGGGAUGUGAAGAAAAUGAUGUGCUCGGCAAAAAUCGUGAAAAAGAGGAGUGUUCUGCUGACACAGGAAAUGGUGAAGAACAUGACAGUAGGAGGAAACAAACGAGUGAAAUGAAGCAGACGAGUGAAAUAGACCAAGCAAACCGUGGAGGAGUGAUGAGCAAGGGAGAUAAUGCAUCGUUCAACAUAUUUUCAUACCUAAACAUGGUAUAUGCAAAACAUGGGUUGUAUGAUGAAGACAUUGCAAGGUUUUUGUUAUAUGUAAAAAGAAGGAGAGAGAAAUUAAAAAGUAAAGUUUUAUUUAAAAUAAAAAAAGUGGGAAACAAAUACGUAACAAAAAUUUACGAACCAGAUAUAGUGGAUGAGAAAUAUAUAGAAUUGUUACUUCUUGAUGUGGAAAUGUGUCGAUGCAGAUAUGUAAAAAUAAAAACCGAUGUAAACAAUUUGAAGAGUCCAUACAGAUCAACCUAUUGUUAUAUGCGAAGAAUAAAAAGAGCUCUAGAUAAAGUGAAAUUUAUGAAUCAAUCAGUUCACAAUGUAGUUAAUAAGAACACAGAUUUGCAAAUAAAAUGUUACACAACGUAUAUACAAAUAUCAUAUCUUUUGGAAAAAAAGAAAUAUGAUGAGUGCAUAUCAAAAGUGGCAGAAUUUUCGAAGCUUGUAAAACUGGUGAAGAGAGUUAUGAUGAAAACAUUUAUCGAUGCUAUGGAACUAGGACGGUUGAAUAACCAAGGGGUCAACCACAAGGAGGAGAACCCGAUCGAAGUAGACCAUGAUACUGAUGAAGUGGGAGGAGAUAGGGAAGAAAAGGAAGAAAAAAAAACACAGACCAGUAACGAAAGCAACAAUCAGAGGAAGAAAAUGAAAAAAGGAAAAGGACGUGCCAUAAAUGAAUUGACUCAAACGAAUGGAUCUAAUCAACAUAAUGAUGUCAGAAGUAGCCCUAUGGGUUAUGAUGACAUAACAAAUGUAGACAACGUGAAAUCAUCUUUAAAGAAAGAAAAGCAUUUUGGCCAUGCAGAGAAUACACUGAUAAACAGUAAAGGGAAUUUACUCGUAGAAGAAGAAAAACGAAUAGAUGAUAUUUUUGAUUAUUUUUUGUCUAUCACUCACUCAAUUGAACGAAUUUGUAUAUACAACGCAAAAAAAAAUAAACUAAGCAGAUUUGAUGAAAAAUUACAGGACGAUGAACUACAAUUAGAAAAUGGAAUUAAAAAGUCUUCCAUAAGGGAAUUUACAGACAGCGUUAAAAACAUGUCUUCCUAUAGGAAGCUAGAAAUUCAUACGACAGAAAACACAACAUUGAUAAAAGUUGAGCAUAGUACAUACGAAUUGAAAGGAAAUAAUAAUGGAUCAUCAAACUAUUAUUAUGACAUGUCGAGUUUAGUAAAAAUAAGAAAUAUAUUGAGAGAUGUUAAAAGUGUAAUUCCUAUGGAAGAGAUAGAAAAAUUAAAUGAGAACAUAAAUUUAAAAGAUGUAAUGACAUCAUGUGUUGGUGAAGAAGAACAUUUUCCACUUUUUAAAUUUCUGAAUUCAUUUGAAACUAAUUCUAUGAUACAGAAUUAUGGACAAAUAUUAGCAAAAUAUUAUGAAUGUUUAACAACAAUUCAUGAAGAAUUAAUUAAAUCAACAAAAGGAAAUAAAAAAGAGCCUCAUAAUGAUGGAGAAGGAAUUCCUGAUGAGGAUCACAAAAUAAUGGAAAAAAUUUGGAAUCACAUUGAAAAUUAUUUAUCGAUUGAAAAGUUAUAUGUAGAUACAGAACGGACGUUACUAGUAUUGAUGAAAUUUCUAUUUUCUUUAUAUACAACUAGGAAUUCGAAAAAUUUUCCAUUCCGAAAUGUAAAAUUUUUGGGGGAAAUUAUUGAAGAAAUGCCAUUACUGCACAUAGGAAUUAGAUAUGCUGAUAUAUUAAAACAAAAUAUUGACGAAUUAAACAAAUUGAAAAAUAAUGAUGAAAUUUUUAUUAACAUAUUGCAAAUAACAAAAAAUGUAAAAUCCUUUUGUUUAGCAUGUCAUUAUGCAAGGGCUGGAAAAAAUGCAGAAGCACAUGUUCUAUUCGAUUUAGUUAAAACUAGAAAUUAUGUAUAUAUCAAAUUGAACAGCAUUCAAACGAUACAUAAUGAAGAUUUAUUACGAGUUGCAAUAUUAUCCAACAAACUUCAGGAUCUUAUUUCUAUGGUUAAUGGAAUAUACUACUUUCGACAUUUGUCCAUAUAUGCACUGCAGGUAAAGACCAAAUGUAUACCUACCAAUCAGAAUUUAUUUGCCGUUGAUAAUUCUUUUUUUCAACAUAAAAUGAGUCAAAUGUGUAUGAACCCAUUGCGUAUCGACAUGAUGCAAUUGUGUAGAGAUUCCAUUUUACUCAAUCCGGAGGAUACACGCAAAGAGGAGGAAAAGUCAUCUGGAAUACGAGGCCUUCUUCGAUCAUUCUGGAAGUAG